AUGCCGUCCAACGCCCGGGCCGGCAGUCUGAAGGACCCUGAGGUAGCCGAACUUUUCUUCAAAGAUGACCCGGAGAAGCUGUUUGCUGACUUGCGGGAGAUCGGGCAUGGCAGCUUCGGUGCCGUCUACUUUGCCCGGGAUGUACGCAAUAAUGAGGUUGUUGCCAUUAAGAAGAUGUCCUAUAGCGGGAAGCAGUCUAAUGAGAAAUGGCAGGACAUCAUAAAAGAGGUGAAAUUUCUGCAGAAGCUGCGACACCCCAACACUAUCGAAUAUAAAGGAUGUUACCUACGGGAGCACACUGCCUGGCUGGUGAUGGAGUACUGCCUGGGAUCCGCUUCCGAUCUCCUGGAGGUGCACAAGAAACCCCUCCAGGAAGUGGAGAUUGCUGCUAUUACCCACGGUGCACUCCAAGGCCUGGCCUACCUCCAUAACCACAACAUGAUACAUAGAGAUGUGAAGGCUGGGAACAUUCUCCUGACAGAGCCAGGCCUGGUAAAGCUUGGGGAUUUUGGCUCUGCUUCCAUAGUAGCUCCAGCCAAUUCCUUUGUGGGGACGCCAUACUGGAUGGCUCCAGAGGUGAUUCUGGCUAUGGAUGAGGGGCAGUAUGAUGGAAAGGUGGAUGUCUGGUCUCUUGGGAUCACCAGCAUUGAGUUAGCGGAGAGAAAGCCCCCGCUUUUUAAUAUGAAUGCUAUGAGUGCCUUAUAUCACAUCGCUCAGAACGAAUCUCCUGUGCUGCAGUCCAAUCACUGGUCUGAAUAUUUCCGGAACUUUGUGGAUUCGUGUCUUCAGAAGAUCCCACAGGACAGGCCCAGCUCUGAUAUGUUGCUGAAGCACCGAUUCCUGCAGAGGGAGAGGCCGCAGACCGUUAUCAUGGAGCUGAUCCAGCGCACAAAGGACGCAGUGCGAGAGCUGGACAACCUGCAAUAUCGGAAAAUGAAGAAAAUUCUCUUCCAGGAUACACAGAAUGGACCCAACACAGAGACCACUGAAGAAGAGGAGGAGUCAGAACAGUUUCUCCAUUGUACGGGCACCAUAACCAGCAUGGAGAGCAGCCAGUCCGUACCGAGCAUGUCCAUCAGCGCCAGCAGUCAGAGCAGCUCAGUGAACAGUCUGGCAGAUGCCUCUGAUGACAGUGGAGAAAUGGCCAUGAUGCAGGAGGGAGAGCACACGGUGACCUCCAACAGCUCUGUCAUCCAUCGGCUGCCAGCUCACGACAACAUAUAUGAUGAUCCAUACCAGCCAGAGAUGGAGGCACAGCAGUCGACCUCUGCGGCUCGGCGCAGGGCCUACUGCCGCAACAGGGACCACUUUGCCACUAUCCGUACCGCCUCCCUGGUGACUCGUCAGAUUCAGGAACAUGAGCAGGAUUCGGCCUUACGAGAACAGAUGUCCGGGUACAAGCGCAUGCGGCGGCAGCACCAGAAGCAGCUGAUGGCGCUGGAGAACAAGCUAAAAUCUGAGCUAGAUGAGCACCAACAGCGUCUGGAUAAAGAGCUAGAGGCUCACCGGAGCAAUUUUUCUGCAGAGACUGAUAAGCUUUCCAAGAAACACCAGGCCAUAUUUGAAAAGGAGGCCAAGGCAGCUCUGACAGAGGAAAAGAAGUUUCAGCAGCACAUCCUGGGCCAGCAGAAGAAGGAGCUGACCAACCUGCUGGAGAGCCAGAAGAGGCAGUACAAGAUCCGCAAGGAGCAACUCAAAGAGGAGUUGCAGGAGAAUCAGAGCACGCCAAAGCGAGAGAAGCAGGAGUGGCUACUCCGCCAGAAGGAGAGCAUGCAGCAGCACUACCAGGCAGAGGAGGAGGCCAACCUCCUGCGCAGGCAGCGCCAGUACUUCGAGCUCCAGUGUCGGCAGUAUAAACGAAAGAUGCUGCUAGCAAGGCACAACCUGGACCAAGACCUUCUCAGAGAGGAGCUGAACAAGAAGCAGACGCAACGAGACCUGGAGUGUGCCAUGUUAUUGCGACAGCACGAGUGCACCCAGGAGUUGGAGUUCCGCCAUCUGCAGCUGCUGCAGCACACGCGCAGUGAACUGAUCCGUCUGCAGCACCAAACAGAGCUGGGCAACCAGCUGGAGUACAACAAGCGGCGGGAGCAGGAGCUUCGCCAGAAACAUGCCGCCGAAGUCCGACAGCAGCCCAAGAGCCUGAAAUCCAAGGAGCUGCAGAUCAAACGACAAUUCCAGGACACCUGUAAGAUCCAGACCAGGCAAUACAAGGCCCUCCGCAACCACCUGCUGGAGACCACGCCCAAGAGCGAGCACAAGAGCAUCCUGAAGAGGCUGAAGGACGAGCAGACCCGCAAGCUGGCAAUCCUGGCUGAGCAGUAUGACCACAGCAUCAAUGAGAUGCUUUCCACCCAGGCAUUGCGGCUGGACGAAACACAAGAGGCAGAGUACCAGGAGCUGCGGAUUCAGCUUCAGAAAGAGCUGGAACUUCUGAACGCUUAUCAGAGCAAGAUCAAGAUUCACACGGAGGCACAGCACGAGCGAGAGAUCAAAGAACUGGAGCAGCGGGUGUCCAUCCGGCGGGCCCUGCUGGAGCAGAGGAUAGAAGAGGAGAUGUUGGCACUGCAGAGCGAGCGCUCGGAGCGCAUCCGAAGCCUUCUGGAACGCCAAGCCCGGGAGAUUGAAGCGUUUGACUCUGAAAGCAUGCGGCUGGGGUUCAGCAACAUGGCACUCACUGGCAUUCCUGCUGAGGCGUUCAACCAGGGCUACCCAGCCCCCCCUCCGGGCUGGCCUUCUCGCCCCGUGCCCCGCAGCGGCUCACACUGGAGUCAUGGUGUACAAAACACAGGGGCUCCCCAGCUUUGGCGCCAACCGACACUACUCGCUCCUCCGUCCUCCUCGUGGGGUCUGCACCCGUCGGGUUCCUCCUCCUCUUCUGCCCUGCCUUCCUCUUCCUCUUCUUCUUCCUCCUCCGCCUCGCCGUCGUCUUCGUCCUCCAGCGGCGGCGGGCCGGCCUUCUGUUACUCCGUAAUAGCCCCCAGCCCCUGAGGAGAGGAGCCACUGGUGGCCCAUCUGAGUCGGGAUUGAGCCGAAGCACCAGUGUCACUUCCCAGCUCUCUAAUGGCUCCCACCUAUCCUAUUCCUGA